CCUUAUUCCUUUUCUCCCACACUCCAUUCUCUUUCUCUCUCUCUCUCUCCACUCAUUCAACACCCAAUUUUCAUUGCCAUUACCGGUGCUCUUAACCAUGUUUGCCAGAUCAUUCCUUCAGAGAGCUAGCACUCGUUUGCCGAGCUUGGCUUCAACUGCUCGCACAGCAGGCGUGCGUGCUGGCUCUGUCCGCUUCAUUUCAUCUUACAAUGCCCAUGUGGCCGGUUUGACGGAUGAACAAAACGAGUUCCGUUUGGCUGUCCACCGGUUUGCUAACGAGGAGCUUGCUCCUCGUGCCCAUGAUAUUGACAAGAAGAACGAAUUUCCUAUGGACAUGUGGAGGAAGUUCGGUGAUAUGGGUCUCCUUGGUAUCACUGUCCCCACUGAAUAUGGUGGUCUUGGACUUGGAUAUUUGGAACACACUGUUGCCAUGGAGGAGAUUUCUCGUGCUUCCGGAUCGGUUGCUUUGUCAUAUGGUGCUCAUUCUAAUCUUUGCGUCAAUCAGAUCAACCGCAACGGAACCGAUGCCCAAAAGAGGAAGUUCUUGCCCAAGCUGAUUUCUGGCGAACAUGUUGGUGGUUUGGCCAUGUCUGAGCAUACCUCUGGAUCAGAUGUCGUUUCCAUGAAGCUUCAGGCAGAAAAGAAGGGUGACAAAUAUAUCCUCAAUGGUACUAAGAUGUGGAUCACCAAUGGUCCUGAUGCUGAUACACUUGUUGUAUACGCCAAGACUGACAUCAAGGCCGGACCCAAGGGUGUCACAGCCUUCCUCAUUGAGAAGGGCAUGAAGGGAUUCUCUCGUGGCCAGAAGCUCGAUAAACUGGGUAUGCGUGGCUCCAACACGUCUGAGCUCAUCUUCGAGGACUGUGAAGUGCCUGAGGAGAACGUCUUGGGAGAGAUUGGAAAGGGAGUGUACGUGCUCAUGUCUGGUUUGGACUAUGAACGUUUGGUAUUGUCAGGAGGACCUCUUGGUUUGAUGCAGGCUGCUUUGGACAUCACCCUUGACUAUGUCCAUCAGCGCAAGCAGUUCAACCAGCCCAUCGGAGAAUUCCAGUUGAUCCAGGGCAAGAUUGCAGACAUGUACACCAAACUGAAUGCCUCCAGAUCCUAUGUCUAUGCCACAGCCCGUGCCUGCGAUAAUGGACAUGCCUCCAACCGAGACUGUGCCGGCGUGAUCUUGUACUCUGCCGAACGUGCAACAGAGGUUGCAUUGGAUGCCAUCCAGUGCCUUGGAGGAAAUGGAUACAUCAACGACUUCCCUACUGGCAGGAUCUUGAGGGAUGCUAAGCUCUAUGAGAUUGGUGCUGGUACCUCAGAAAUCAGGAGGAUGUUGAUCGGACGUGAGUUCAACAAGGAGUACAAAAAUUAGAAG